AUGGAAGUAACUAAAAUAGUUGUUAUGGGACGAGCUGGUGUUGGUAAAUCAGCUCUGGUUGUAAGGUAUUUGACAAAAAGGUUUAUAUGGGAAUAUGAUCCAACCUUAGAGAGUACAUAUAAACAUACGACUAAUAUAGAUGAAGAACAAGUAUAUAUGGAGAUAUUGGAUACAGCUGGCCAGGAAGAAAAUAUCAGCAGAGAAAGCUAUGUAAAAUGGGCGGAUGGAUUUAUUCUUGUGUACUCCAUCACUGAUAAACAGAGCUUUGAUGACGUACUACAAAUUAAACAAUAUCUUGAUGACGUCAAGAGAACAAACACACAAUGUGUUUUAGUGGGGAAUAAAGUCGAUUUAUUACAUGAUCGUAAAGUCAGUUAUGAUGAAGGCGAAUCUAUAGCUCAGGAAAUGUCGGCUGCUUUUUUCGAAACUUCAGUGAGUGAUGGGGGUGAAGAUAUUAUUGAUGUAUUUCAUGAACUUCAUCGUGAAGUUAAACGACGUAAAAUGAUGGAGAUAAAGGGUCGUAGACGUAGUUCUGCCCAACAAGUCCGUCACGUGUUUAACCGGAUGUUGAAUAAAAUAGGAAAUGGAACGUGA